AUGGCAAUGGUAGCUGGUAGCUCCUCCGUGAGCUCAGUUUGCCACAAAAUGGUGCAACUGCCGCAUGUCUGCGGUCUGUGUCUGCUGUUUCGGGUUUGGCAGCUGCUGGCCUUGGCUCCCUUUAAAUUUUCAUCCCGAAAUGGAGCAAAAUGCCAUCGUUGGAUGACCUUGAGUGCGGUUUUCCGGUGGCUGCUCCUCACGGCCGUGGCACCUUUAAUCCUGUGGCAGAGUGCCUCUCUGUACGAUGCCACCAAUGUCCGGCACUCGGAUAUAUUCAAGGACAUCGCUCUGGGCACCAUGGCCGGCGAUGUCGGCGUAUCCCUGGCCCUCCUGGGACUUAAUAUCUGGAAUCGCAGGAAGUUGGUUGACUUGAUGAAUGGGUUGAGUCGCCUACACCGUCACCGAAAACUGAGCUGGUGGGGCACCUCGCUGCUAUGGAUUAAGAUUCUUCUGAGCCUGUACGAACUCCUCUGCAAUGUUCCCUUUCUCCAAAGAGCUGGAGGACACCUGCCAUGGUCGCAGCUCCUCGCUUAUGGAGUCCAACUCUACGUCCAGCACGUGAGCAGUGUCUUUGCAAAUGGAGUCUUCGGUGGCCUGUUACUCCUCCUCGCCAGCUUGAAUCAAUUGGAAGGGGAAAAUCUUGGUGUAGCUCAACUACUGGAGGAGGAGAAAAACCAUCUCAGAUUGGCCCAGAAGUUCAUCAAAACUUCGGAGUGGGGCAUCUUUCUUCUUGUAAUUGGAAACUUUGUCAACAUUCUGGCCAACAUGUACGCCUACAUGUCCUACUUUGUGCAGGAGCACGGCGUUCCCCUGACCAUUUCGAAUUACUGUCUAAUUGUGACGGUGCAAUUGUACGCCCUCGUUUUGGCCGCCCACCUCUGCCAGGUGCGGCACAACCGCCUCCAGCAGCGCUGUCUGCAGCAGGGAUACCUUCCGGAGGAACUAACUCCGGAUCAGGCCAAGAAUCUCACACCAUUUCCCCUGGUAUCGCCGGCGGGCCAUCUCAAGUUCGGUGUUCUCGGACUGUUCACGUUGGAUAACUCUUUUUGGCUCUUUCUCUUAUCGUACGCCAUGAAUUUUAUUGUUAUUAUUCUGCAGUUUAGCCUGGAAAACAUGAAGCGAACCAAGAUCUAGGAUCUCAACUAUAAUUAUACUGAAAAUUAAAAUUAUCAAAAAA